AUGAGUGGGAGGAUCCUCUCCCACCGUCUGACUCCGCUUGUGAGGGCUGGGCUGGCGCGCCAUAUUCAUAAUGCUGGCGCUCGAACAGGAGGUCUGCUUCGCGCUGAUGGUGGUGCUGCUUUGAGGGGACGCGCUUGGCCUAUCGGUUCAAAUGGUAUUCACAACAAUGUCCCCGCUAUCAGGGCAUUCUCAUUUGGACGGAUUUUGCCGAAACUAGCGCUCAAGCUUGUCCGGAUUCCCGCCAUGUUUGGCGGAGCGACGAUUGCGGGACUGGCUUAUUUCCAGUAUCAAGCCACUCAGGCCGGAAACUAUGCCAUGGAUGUGCUGAAAGUUAUGGGAGAGACGGCGGGGAACACGGCAUCCGGCUUAUUCCAGGGAAUUCAGGAUAUGGCGGAUCAAACACAACGUGGAUGGGAGAAGACAACAGAGGAUGUGGGGCUCCCUGAGUGGCUACAGAAGAUACUCCGACUCGAUGAGGAAUCGAAAUCACAGAAUGACGGUCCAGGCGGCGGAGGCAAGGAGGCAAAGGAAGGUCGGGCAGUCGGAGCUGCGGCUGCGACUGGGGCGGCAUUUGGCUACGAUCAGUCGGAUGAGGAGGAUGCACGCGCUGAGAAAGAAGCUGCCGAAGACGACCAAAUGAUGGUACUGACACGUAAGAUGAUUGAGAUCCGAAACAUCCUUCAAACAGUCGGCCAGUCUGGAUCGUUGACCCUGCCGUCAAUUGUGGUGAUUGGCUCUCAGUCUUCGGGCAAGAGUUCAGUCCUGGAAGCUAUCGUCGGGCAUGAGUUCUUGCCGAAGGGCUCGAAUAUGGUCACACGGCGUCCGAUCGAACUUACUCUGGUCAACACGCCUAAUGCCCAGGCUGAAUAUGGUGAAUUCCCCGCCCUGGGUCUCGGCAAGAUUACGGACUUCUCUUCGAUCCAGCGCACCCUGACCGACUUGAACCUUGCCGUUCCAGACAAGGACUGUGUUUCGGACGACCCGAUCCAGUUGACGAUCUACUCUCCGAACGUACCCGACCUAUCCAUGAUUGAUCUGCCGGGUUAUAUUCAGGUAGCUGGCCACGAUCAGCCCCCAGAGCUGAAGCAGAAGAUUUCCGAUCUCUGCGACAAAUACAUUCAAGCCCCCAACAUCAUUCUAGCUAUCUCGGCCGCUGAUGUUGACCUGGCGAAUUCGACGGCCCUCAGAUCCAGCAGGCGUGUUGAUCCCCGUGGAGAGCGCACUAUCGGUGUGAUCACGAAGAUGGAUCUCGUCGAUCCUGAGCGGGGCCAUGAUGUUCUCACCGACAAGAAGUACCCUCUUCGGUUGGGAUACGUGGGUGUUGUGAGCCGGAUUCCUCAAACCACCGCCCUCUUUUCUCGAGGCUCUGGAAAUAUCACCAGCGCUAUUCUGAAGAACGAGAAUGCCUAUUUCUCGGCUCAUCCAGCAGAGUUCGGUGCCCACUCAGACACGUCCGUCGGUGUUUCGACUCUACGGAAGAAAUUGAUGCACGUCCUCGAGCAGACUAUGGCAUCCAGCCUCGCGGGAACCAGGGACGCCAUCAGCCAGGAGCUUGAAGAGGCAACCUACGAGUUUAAGGUACAAUACAACGACCGGCCAUUAAGUGCUGAGUCAUAUCUGGCGGAGAGCUUGGACAGCUUCAAGCAUUCCUUCAAGGCAUUUGCCGAAGCUUUCGGCCGGCCGCAAGUUCGUGAGAUGCUGAAGGCUGAGCUAGAUCAGCGGGUCAUGGACAUUCUGGCCCAGCGUUAUUGGAACAAGCCCGUCGAGGACUUGAAUCCAACCAUGACAGAGGUGGAUCCUCUCACGGAUCUUCCCAAGGCUGAUCCAGAGUCACUGUACUGGCGCCGGAAACUUGAUGCCUCCAGCUCCGCUUUGACGAAGCUCGGCAUCGGUAGACUUGCCACCACGGUUGUCGCCAACGCUCUCCAGAGCCACGUGGACCAGCUUCUUGCAUCUUCCACGUUUGCAUCUCAUCCAGCAGCACACGAGCAGAUCACGGAUGCUUGUAAUAGCAUCCUGAAUGAUCGAUUUUUCAGCACCAGUGACCAGGUCGAGAACUGCAUCAAGCCAUACAAAUUUGAAAUCGAAAUGGAGGACUCAGAAUGGGCUAAGGGUAGGGAAAAUGUGAGCAAGGUGUUGAAAGAAGAACUACGUGCUUGCGAGUCCGCUACGAAGCAUGUGGAAGAUCAAAUUGGAAAACGCAAGCUUAAGGAUGUGAUGUCAUUCAUUGACAAGGUUCGCAAGGGCGAUGUGGUGCUGGAGGGCAACGGCGCCGGGGGUGCGGGUGGCUUCAGUUCUGCCUUGCUGGAAAGAGGCCGAGAGGGCAUCUUCCUACGUGAUCGCGCUGAUCUCAUUAGAAUGAGACUCAUGGCCGUUCGAUCCAAGCAAUGCGCCACACAAAAGAACAAGUAUUAUUGUCCGGAAGUCUUUCUAGACGUCGUCGCGGACAAACUCACCUCAACAGCGGUACUCUUCCUGAACGUGGAACUUCUAUCCGAAUUCUACUACAACUUUCCUCGCGAGCUCGACAUGCGACUCGGCCGACACCUCUCUGAUGCCGAAGUUGAGCGCUUUGCCCGAGAAGAUCCGCGUGUCCGGCGCCACCUCGACAUCAUCCGCAAGAAGGAGCUUCUCGAGUUGGCUCUACAGAAAAUUGAAGGCAUUCGCCAGCUAGACGGCCGCAGCAUGCACCGAAAUGCGGAUCGUGCGAAGGUCGCAAAGGAAACUCGCAGCCGAUGGAACAUCUUCUGA